AUGUCCGGCGCUUGCUCGACCCUUUGUUUGAUCAUCAUCACCAUAUUCCUCCCCCCUCUUGGUGUCUUUUUGAUUGCAGGCUGUGGAAUUGACUUCUGGAUCAACGUCCUAUUCACAUGUCUUGGGUACUUCCCCGGACACAUCCAUGCCUUCUAUCUGGAAUACGUCUUUUAUGAGCGUCGCAAUCGCGAUCCAUUGACCCGUGCCUCGCAACGGCCCGCACCAGGCGUCUACUCCGAUCGCGUCCAGAAUGGAGGCCUUCACCAGGCACCAGCAGGCCAGACCUAUGGUACCAUUUGA